AUGGUUAGAGCAAUUGAUCAAGAACAGGAAACUAACAAAUCCAAAUUAUUCUAUUUUAAAGGAAUGUUUGAGAAUACAGGGAGGCAUACAAAAAGUUUAAGCAUUGAAAGUGCUAGCACAUUAGAUCCUACUUCAGAAGAUGAUCCUGUUUCAUCAAGAAGUCAAGGAUCAAAACCUCUUCAACAUGAUCCUCUUCCUAACAAGUCAAGAACAAUCAAGGAGGAAAUUGUAGCCAAAGAAGCCAAAGAUAAGCUAUUACAAGAAAUCGAACAGAUGAAGGAGAGAUUCGCUAAACUACUAUUGGGAGAGGAUAUGUCUGGUGGAGGAAAAGGUGUUUCAUCAGCUUUGGCAUUGUCAAAUGCUUUAACAAAUCUUGCUGCUGCUGUUUUCGGUGAACAAAAGCGUCUCGAGCCAAUGGCGACCGAAAGGAAAGCGAGAUGGAGAAAAGAAAUCGAUUGGCUUCUUUCGGUCACUGAUUAUGUUGUUGAAAUGGUUCCAACUCAACAGAAAGGCAAGGAUGGUUCAAGCAUGGAGAUUAUGACAACGCGACAACGAACCGAUCUUCACAUGAAUAUCCCCGCCUUAAGAAAGCUUGAUACAAUGCUUAUUGAUUGUCUGGAUAACUUCAAAGACCAAAAUGAAUUCUAUUAUGUAUCGAAAGAUGCGGACGAUCCCGAUAGGGCAAAAGGUAAAAAUGAGGACAAGUGGUGGUUACCAACACCUAAAGUACCUAUAGAUGGUUUAUCCGAUGGAGCAAGAAGGUUUUUGCAGUAUCAGAAAGAUUGUGUGAAUCAAGUACUUAAAGCAGCCAUGGCUAUAAAUGCUCAAACUCUAUCAGAAAUGGAGAUUCCCGAAAGCUAUAUCGAAUCCCUACCUAAGAAUGGAAGAGCAAGUUUAGGUGACUUGAUCUACCGGAGUAUUACCGAUGAAUUCUUCGAUCCCGAUCAAUUCCUAGCGACAGUGGACAUGUCAUCGGAACACAAAAUUCUAGACCUAAAGAAUAGAAUUGAAGCAUCAAUAGUGAUUUGGAAGAGGAAGAUGAACCAAAAAGAUACAAAGUCAGCUUGGGGUUCAGCUGUGAGUAUCGAGAAAAGGGAACUUUUCGAAGAGAGGGCAGAAACCAUCUUACUUCUCUUGAAGCAUAGAUUUCCAGGGCUUCCACAAUCUUCAUUAGAUAUAAGCAAAAUCCAAUUCAACAGAGAUGUAGGGCAAGCUGUUCUUGAAAGCUAUUCAAGAAUAUUGGAAAGUUUGGCGUUUACAGUACUAUCGAGAAUAGAAGAUGUUCUCCACGCAGAUUGCCAAACGGUAAGUCCGUCAUCAGGAAGAAGAAACAGUGUAAGAAAUCCAGUUCCAAAGCCAGACAAGUGUCCAACACUAAGAGAAGAGGUCGAAAGGAGCAGCAACGCGGAACCACUUUGUUCGAUGACACUAUCGGAUUUCAUGGGUUGGAGCGGCGAGCAAGGUGAAUCAGACAUGAAUAAAAAGGAUCCCCUUGCUGUUUCAGAUGAUUUGGACAAAGAUGUUGAUAGUGGAAAGCUUAACAAACUUCCAACUAUAGUGACUGAUAAGAAAGUGUCUUACGUUGAGAACAUAGGAGGCAUAAGAAGUCCAACAUCACGCCAUUGA